UUAAAGUGUGAACUGAUCAGACCUAGUGAAUCCAUAAUAGAUGGGUCUUCCAAACCGAAGUUUUUUUUUGGCCAUAUGUGUGUGACGUCACAAGAUUCUUCAAGGAUUUCGUAUGAACAUUUUAUUGCGAAUGUGAUGUCAAAACUCUCCAAAAGUUGAUACUGAUAGGAUUAAAAAUUUGCACGCGUGACCUCCAAACCAGUUCGCAAUCUUUGUGGAACCGCAAUCGCCAAAAAUUGGCAAAUCAGUUUGAAGUGAAUUAAGUAGAUGGACUAGAAGUGAACUGAAUUGAAGGAUUCCAUCUAGAUAAUGGAGUCACAAUCUGAAAUCCUCGAUGUGCUCAGAAAUUCGUUUAAUAAUGGCAAAACGAGAAGCUUGGAAUUUCGCAGGAAGCAACUGAAAAAUGUAUGGAAUUUGUUGGAAGAAAACGAAACCGAAUUCAUACAAGCCAUGCUAUCGGAACGAAAAGUACUUUCUGAAAUAAUAUGUGAAAUUCAAGUUUUAAAAAAUGAUAUUUUACAUAUGCUCCACAAUUUAGAUCGUUUAACCAAACCCAAAAGCGCCGAGAAAAAUUUGGUAACAAUUAUUUCUCAAAUAGAAAUUUUACCGGAACCUUAUGGGGUAGUACUUGUCAUCGGGGCUUGGAACUACCCACUUGUCUUAGCCUUUACACCCCUUAUUGGAGCUUUAGCAGCUGGGAAUUGUGUACUGGUGAAACCAUCAGAAAUGGCUCCUGUUACAGCUCAACUGAUUGCUAAAUUAGUACCUCAAUAUCUAGAUAAGGACUGUUAUAAGGUUUUUAUUGGUGGACCCACUGAAUCUCAGCAACUGCUAGAGAAUAGGUUCGACUACAUCUUCUAUACUGGUUCAAACAGAAUAGGGUCUAUAGUGAUGCAAAUGGCAGCCAAACACUUCACCCCAGUAACCUUAGAAAUGGGUGGUAAAAGCCCUUGCUACAUAGAUUCUUCAGUUGACAUUGAAAUAGUUGCUGCAAGGAUACUUUGGGGCAAAGCAGUAAACGCUGGACAGGCUUGUAUAGCCCCUGAUUACGUCGUAUGUACUGAGGAAAUCGAGAAAAAAUUCAUAGAAGCCUUCAAAAAAGUUCAAAAAGAGAGAUACGGUUUAGAUAUGAGACAAUCUCAAGAUUAUUGCAGAAUCAUAAAUCUUAAUCACUUCAACAGGCUUUUGGGUCUUCUGGAAGGUCAGGAAAUUGUUCAUGGUGGUAAUCACGAUAUCAAGGAGCUCUACAUGGACAUAACAAUUUGCUCAAAUGUGGAUCGAAACAGUGAUCUGAUGAAAGAUGAGAUUUUUGGACCCAUUUUGCCAAUCGUGAGAGUAAAAGAUGCCCAGGAUGCCUUAAAUUUGAUUAAUUCGAAAGAAAAACCUCUAGCUCUUUAUGUGUUUUCCAAUAAGAAGAAAAUAGUUGAUCUCUUCAUUGAAAGAACUUCGAGUGGAGGGGUUUGUGUGAACGAUACCAUGAUGCAUUUCAGUUGUGAUACCUUACCCUUUGGUGGAGUGGGCCAUAGCGGUUUAGGAGCCUACCAUGGCGAUUUGACCUUCAGUACUUUCUCUCAUUCAAAGCCAAUACUCAAGCAACCAAUAAAUAGUCUAUGUGAAACGGUGCUGACUAUGCGUUAUGCGCCCAUAACAGAAGGAAAAAUGAAAUUGGUGAAGGUACUUAUGAAAAAGAGGCGUACAUUUAUCAGCGCACAAUUCCUUUUAUACAUCUUGUUAGUUGUAGUCGGUUUCUUGAUUUGUUAUAUUUUUUUAGAAUAUGGAGAAAAUAUUAAGACUGCGAUAAGCUCACCAUUCAAAUGAAGUUCGAAUUAAGUUGUUGAGAGGGAGUACCUCUACGUGGUUUCUCGCGAAUCAGUCAAACUUUGGUACCCAUUCAUUUUCCUUCUGGCGCUCCUGCGAUGACCAAACU